AUGAGACUGCUAAGCCAACUUUCCGGUCUUGCUCAUAUGAUAAAACCAGAAAGUAAUUCGCAUGGUAGAGAAGAGUCAAGUACAGCAGCUACUUCCAGGUCGCUUUCUUCCUAUUAUUACUCAUCAGAUUCUUACUUGGCACCCCGACACAUUUUUUGGCAAAUAGUCACACUGCAAUUGAUUUACUAUGGCAUUGGACUGUUACUGAUUUUAUUCACAUGCAUGGUGGCAGGAAGACCGCCUUUUUCAUUAAAGCUGGUGUUUUCAUGGUCACCAGUGCGACAUGACACUACAGUAGGGUGGACACUCGUCAUGCUUUGGCUACUGGAUACUAUUUUUUCUGUGAUAGCUUUGACAGUUGUUGUGGGCCGAUCAAAGCUGGCAUUGGACUUUACACUGACUCUUCAUGGAAUCAACUUGGUGGUUUGCUGGAUUGUGGAAGGUAGCUUUCCAACUUCCGGACUUUGGUGGGGGUUGCAGUUUACGUCAAUUAUACUGAUGGUGUCAUUGGGAACAUGGUCGAGUCAAUGGCGCGAGCUUCGCAAUACCUUUUUUUCAAACGUUGGUUUAGAUACUGGUGGUUCAAGACCCCGAGCCGUAGACGAAGAGUCAUUUAUUCCUCCAGCUUCGUCACAUCCUCAGCAUCAUGCAACAAACCCGGCCGAGACUGCACUGCUAGAGCAGUAUAAUGAGUACGAAUUAACUGACCUGGAGCCGUCUCGAAUGUCCACUUCGUCAGUGAGAUCCGUGUCGCGCGAGCCUGCCAAGCGGAAAAAGAGCACAGAGAAACAUGAAAAUGAAGGAGAAGAAGAAACAAGUGGAGAGACUAUGAUUACGGGAAGCGCUAUUAGUCACGAAGAUGAUAAUGGAGACCUUUCCAAUUUACUGAAAUAG